UGUAUGGCGCAAUUCGACAGAUAACAAUGAUAAACUAGAACAAGCUAUUCUUGCUACUUAUUCACAUGAUUCAUCCGGCCCACACAAAUGCAAUUAAACAGCAACCAUUUUUUUAAAUAAUUUUUUUAAACGUUUAUUCUUAAAUCAUGCGAAAUGAUUCCGCUCGCAAUGAAAACAAAUGCGAAGUAUAUAUUGAUUUCGACGCAAAAGUAUCAGCACAUCUAUAGAGAGAGUGUUGUAAUAUGAAGCGAUUAUUACCUCAGAAUCAAUCAGUCUAUUCAUUCCAUCAACUACAUUUUAUCUCGCCGCUUAAAAUGUAAUAUCAAGAAUAGAGUUUGAUUGGAUUAUCAACUUGUUUCGAAUCAUUUGUUUUGUGAUCAACUCAAAUUACGCACCAGACGCAUGUUCAUAUUAUUUUUAGACUUAUAUGUCUGGGAUCUUUAUUGCAUUACUUUUUUUUUUAUUAAAAUUUAAAUAAAAAUACAUUUUCUCACAACUCAUUGGGAACAAUGAAUUUCGGCUUGUUAAACUAAUUAUGAAUUUUACUUCAACUUGCCAUGAAAAGUAAUGUCGUGAUCAUGUAAGAAGCCGAUUUCAAAGUUAUUUUUAUCAAAAACAGUAUUGUAAUUUACGAUUCUCGUUAUUCUUAUCAGACAAUUCAGCUGUUCAACUUAGUGUCCAAAUUAUACAGUCCAACUUUACAGCUCAAUGUCAUUUUAAAAGGAAAAAAGAACAAAAAUUUGAAUAAUAAAUCAACAGAGUUGAUGGGAAUAUUUCAAUCAAAGGGGCGAAAGUGCAAACAGACUGCAAAAACAAACAGUUCUGCAGGAAAACGGUUCUCGCUGAUUACACAAAUAUCACAGAUGCUGGGGCAAUAAAAAAAAGCCUUGCAAUUUUAGGUUGUAAAUCAUUGUUGUCUGCUCUGUCUAUUCCGAAUAAUUAUUUUCCGCUUGUUUAUAAUAAAAAUGCCAGAUAAAAUCAAUAAAUCCGUUAUCACAAAUCAAAGUUCAUGUAAUGACGCCCCGUAUUCUGAACCCACUUGCUACACAUUAUAUAUUUCGAACGGAAAACUGAAUCAAUACGGCUUAUGUACGGCGUGUAGAAAGAAAUUUAGAUUUCCGUUUUUUUCUUCUUCGUCUGUGUUUUGUAUUAGGGAAACGCGUUACGUUACAGUUAAUAGCUCUUACAGAUGACGUCAUUGCGUUUCUUGGAGGCUCGUCCCUCAAAAGCAUAUGUAUGCAUGCAUCGACACAGUCGUGCAUAUAUUCUGGGAAAAAAACGUGCUGUGUUUUCAUUCGCAUCGUACGAUCUCUUAUUUUGGUCGAAAAUAUUGCUUAAAUAUACAUUUUAUUGCUCUAUCGUUUAAGUAUGCUGGAAAGAGACGUACAUCUGGCGAGAUUGCAUCGGAUCAUAUGCUAUAAUCUCAACAGAAGAGAAUAUUGUCAAGCUCAAAUUGUUGAGAAAAUAUUAUGAAAAUUCGUCUAUAAACCAAUUGAAUCUAUCUUUGUUUCAUCAUCAGAAACAGAUUGCACGGCUUGAGACUGAUUGCACCGCAUAAUUACAUUUUUGUAAACUUUACUCAUUGCAAAUUAGUGUUGGUCGUCAAUUCAGCCCCGACAUAUAGCCUGAUGACAGUUUGCGAAAAUCGUACGAUAUCUUAAUGGGCUGAAAAACAAAAACAACCAGAUCUAUACUAUAUCUACAUUCUACAUGCUGUUUUAUUCUUGCGUUUCGUUUGCAUACAUCGCACUCGGAAUGGUCCCAUUUUUUCCGCACUGUCACACACCACACGAUGCGUGCGUGUAUCGAUGUAUUGUGUACACAAGCGCAAGCGCGCUCCUGUAUUCCGAAAAUGUGCUGUCUGGCUCUUGGGUUUUUGGGUUAUAUCAUCAUCAUCAUCGACGUCGUAUUGUUGUCGUUGUUGUUGUCGUCGUCGUCGUCUUCGACUCUCGUCAUCAAACGUCGCACAUUUACUAGUUAACACACGACAAAAAAAAAGAGAAAUCGAAUUCUGUUUACAUAGAUUAACACAAAAGACACAAGCAAAAUGUACGACAAAGGGAAAUUGAUUGCAGUCAUCGAUGAAGGAACAAAAAUCGCACGUGUGGUGAUUUUCAAAUCAAAACCACACUUCGAAGAAUUAUGCUCACACGAAAUUGAAAUCGAACAAAUUCAUCCGCAAAAUCGUUGGGUGGAACAAGAUCCAUUGACCAUUUUAGAUGCAGUGGACAAGUGUUCGGCCGAAGCCAUUCGCAAAUUGGACAAUUUCAUUCCAAGUAUUUACAGUAAGAGCGAUAUUGCCGCCGUUGGCAUCACAAAUCAACGGGAAACAGUGGUUAUUUGGGAUAAACAAACCGGCAAACCCUUGCACAAUGCCAUUGUUUGGAAUGAUGCCCGUACGGAGGAAACUGUGGAGAAGGUGUUGGAUAAAAUUCCAAAUCGCGACAAGAAUCAUUGUAAAUUAGUGUCUGGCCUACCGAUCUCACCAUACUUCUCGGCAUUGAAAAUAAUGUGGCUUAAGGAAAACGUACCUGCAAUUAAUGAAGCAUUCAAAAAUAAGACCUGUCUCGUUGGCACCAUUGACUCAUGGCUUGUUUGGAAUUUGACCGGUGGACCAAAUGGUGGCCUUCAUAUAACCGAUGUUACAAAUGCCAGUCGUACACUUCUCAUGAACUUGGAAACACUUCAAUGGGAUGCAGAAUUGCUGAAAACAUUCUCAAUCGAUGUUGAUGCCCUACCAGAGAUUCAUUCAUCAUCGGAAGUGUUUGGGAAGAUAUCGAACGGUUCUACCCUGGAUAGCAUUCCAAUUUGUGGUAUUAUGGGUAAUCAGCAGUCGUCGUUAAUUGGUCAAAUGUGUUAUGAAAAAGGUCAAACAAAAGUGACCUACCGUAAUGCGUGCUUUUUGAUGUGCAACACCGGCGAAGAGAGAGUGUUCUCAAAAGAGGGUCUGGUCACGACGGUGGCCUAUAAAAUGGGUAAAAAUCAACCAACGAUAUAUGCGCUCGAGGGUUCAGUAGCAGUUGGUGGCACGGCUUUGCAAUGGCUGGGCAAUAAACUCGGUCUGCUGAAGUCACACGAAAACUCCGAACUAUUGGCAUCGAGCGUUUUUUCAACGGGUGAUGUCUACUUUGUACCUGCCAUCAAUGGCCUAUAUGCACCAUCAUGGAAAAGCGAUGCCAAAGGAAUUAUUUGUGGUCUCACAGCAUUCACCACCCGAAACCAUAUCAUUCGUGCCGCUUUGGAGUCGAUUUGCUUCCAAACGCACGACAUUCUCAAGGCGCUCGAAUCAUGUUUGGGCAUGAAACUACGGAAACUCAACGUUGACGGUCCAAUGUCGAAGAAUAAUUUGCUGAUGCAAUUGCAAGCCGAUUUAAGUGGAUUACCAGUUUUACGAACAAAGGUGCAUGAUACAACUGCACUUGGUGUUGCACUUGUAGCGGCCCAUUCAACUGACAUGGAAGUGUUUUGUUUGCAGAACGACUUUGGAGAUAGUUUGGGAACAAAUAAAAUAGUGCCAACAUAUGAUAUAUUCCAUUCGCUAACAUCGGCUGAAGAUCGUGACAAACGCUAUAAAAAAUGGAAAAUGGCUGUUGAUCGAUCAUCACAUUCGUAUGAAAUUCAAUCAUGAGCCGGACACAAAACUUCAUUUUUUCUUUCAACGGAAGAAAACAUAACAUAACGAAA